CCUUCCUCCCCACUGUGGACAUAGAGCUGACCAUGACAGUUAGUGGUUGUUAGAGAUGCAAGUUGUUAUUUGCAUCCCACACCUUCUGCAAUGUAUUUUCCACUUCACCCGUAUAGACUACAUUCAUUUCCUGUUCUGCCUGUUCUUGUCAUCAGAUCACUGCUGUAAGCACGUAUCUGUGUCUCUUUGCUCUCAGCUGAUUGUGCACCUCUUAAAAAAAUCUGAGUGCACAUAUAUUUCUGUCACUGCUACCCAGAAAACACACGUGAUUCACGCUUCGGGAACUUCCUCAGUUUUCUGAAUAUCAAUGAGAACAUGCAUGCGUUGCCUCAGAGAGGACUGCCAGUGAUUUGUACAGGCAUGUAAUAAUUUGGCUUACUUUAACUCCCAGGAGGUGCAUUUCCCAAGCACCUGCCACAUUUAGGACAACAAGCUGACUGAGAUUCAUUACAGAAGUUGUGAAUUUCUCGAAAAUGCCCUGUGUCCGGUGAGGACAAGCCACAAACAAACUGACCACACAACGCAGGUGGCAGUUUCCCACAUUGCUCAGCCGGGCCACGCCAACGACAAAUUGAACGCAAGCGUAUCUACAGUGUGUCUACAAGUGUUGCAUAACCACCCACUUACUCUGCAUGUGAACUGGUAUAAAUCAGGGAGAAGCAACCACACGGUAGCACACAUUUGGAGAGUUUGGAGCUGAAGGUUUUCACGGCUCAGGAUGGAAAGAGGAGGCUGGAAACGUACGCUGGCUCUGGUUAUGGUGUUGGUCGGCACGUAUGCAGAAGCUUUAUUUUCCCGACACAUGGAUGACUUCAUCGAGGCGGUGAAGCAGGUGGAGGAGGGGUCACCGGGGUCAGAGCCGAUCGCCGUGUUAAGAACGCUGCGCCAGUCGGCCGGCCUCGACACGAAGGCGAGCCUCUCUGCUUACAUCAGCGAGGCUGUGGCUCACAGAGUGACCGAAAGUUCGGAAGAGGAAGGCGUGGUUCUAACUUCGGACGGCACCACUGUGGCCCUGGCGCCGGUGCUUCUGGGCAUCGAGGCGGGCUUGCGCGGCAAGGCUACCGGGCGCGUGCGUACCGGCAGCCUGUACCAGCUCACUCUCGGCAAAGAUCUGGAAAGCGCUGCCGUCACCCACCGUCUGGGACCGGACGGCUGCUGGGACAGCAUCACUGCUCCACGGGUCUUCACCCUUCUGCCCUACCUCCCGGACAGCCUGCCUCUUCUCACCGCAGCUCAGGUCAACGGCGGCAUGGAUGGAGUUCUUCUCGGCGUGGAGGUCUCCGCCAAAUCCAGACGAGCCACGAAGCUCAGCGGGCUGCUGACCGAGUACUACAGCCGCCAGCUGGGGAGCGAAGGACUGGACGGAGCCCCGAAAAUCAUCAGCAGGCGCCGCAGGGAGAACUUUAAAGCACUUCUAGUUCCUCAAAUGCUGGAGAGACAGCUGGUGAGAUUGGUGGAGCUGCAUCGGAGACUGAAGGGACGCCCGACAAUGGACGCGAAGAAGAAGAAACAGCUGACGCGUGUGGUGAAAGAGAGAAUCAAAGAGUUCGUCCGUACGUACAUGGAUUGCCCCCCCAUCAUCCCUCGCUGUAUGUGGGGUGCAGAGCCGUACAGAGGGACCCCCACCAACCUGUCCCUCCCUCUCUCCUUCAUGUACAUCCACCACACCCACACACCGAGCCAGCCCUGUCUCACCUUCCAGCAGUGCUCGGCAGACAUGCGCUCCAUGCAGCGCUUCCACCAGGAGGACAGAGGCUGGGACGACAUCGGAUACAGUUUCGUGGCGGGCUCUGACGGGAACAUCUACGAGGGCCGAGGCUGGCUGCAGCGAGGUGCCCACACGCUGGGACACAACUCCAUCGGCUACGGUGUGUCCUUCAUCGGGGACUACUCCGCCACGCUGCCCUCCCAGCAUGCCAUGGGGCUGGUGAGAGAUCAGCUGGCGUCCUGCGCCGUCGCCGGCGGCCGGCUGGUGGCCAACUUCACCGUGCAUGGGCACCGACAGGUGGUGAACACUUCCUGUCCCGGAGACACUCUCUACAACGAGAUCAGAGGUUGGGCACACUAUGGGGAGGUAAAGAAAUGAAAACGACCUGCUUGACAAGAGGAAGAGAGCCUUGAAUAAACCAGAUACACAAUCCA